UGAAGUUCUCCAAAUUUUGUCUCUGCAUCCGGAAGCCCGUUUAUCUCUCAUCUAACAACAUACGCAGUUCUGCAGCCUGUGCACCGAAAAGCCGGGUUGAGUCUUCGUCAUGUCUGUCCACGGGCGCUCAUGUAGACUUGUCUGGGACGUGAUCUGCAGGUCUCGACCAUCAUGCAACCCAUCUCGUCUUGUGCAAUCCUCCGCAAGAACGCCCCUGUCCAGUUCCUUUGCCUCGUUGAGCCUGGCAUCUCGACCGACCCGAACAGCCAUCUCUGCAGCCUCCAGUGAAAAUCAAGACAUACAUCUUCGAAAACGUCGCAAAUACACUUCGGCUUCCGGAACGGAGGCUGUCAACGACCGAUUCGAUGGAUUCGAGAGGAGGCCUGCCCGACGCGGUACAGGCGAAGAAGUUCAGUCGUCUGACUCAACAUUCGGGUCGACAAGCAGAAGGAGGGAAGGCAAAGCACGUUGGAACCCAAGAGAUGCUAUGUCGGUGAAGGAUGAUUCGAGGAACACCGAAGGAGAGAAAAGUCCGUCUCAGAGAUGGAAAAAACGUGUAGAGUUGCAGGAUUUGGCUGAACCCGUCAAGCACAAAAAGUCUGCACCAUGGCAGAUACAGAAGCAAGCGCUGGAACAGAAAUUCGGCGACGAUGGGUGGCAGCCUCGCAAGAAGUUAUCUCCAGAUACUAUGGAGGGCAUUCGCGCACUCCAUGCGGAAGAUCCGGACAGAUAUUCCACUCCACUGCUUGCGGAACACUUCAAAGUCUCACCAGAGGCUAUACGGCGUAUUCUGAAGAGUAAAUGGAAGCCAUCAGAAAAUGAAAUGGAACGAAGAAGGGAACGAUGGGCAAAGCGUCACGAUCGGAUCUGGGAUCAACAAGCAGAACUAGGGUUGAGGCCAAAGAGGGCGGAGGAUAAAUCGGUAGAAGAUCCUGAUCAGUUUGAAGAGGAUCUGAGAGCGAAGGAGAUAUUGGACAAUGCUCGGAAUGCUUAAUUCAGCAGUACAUCCGGCUGUGUCAUUGAUGAGGAGCACAAAUGCUAAAGACUGCAAUGUCUAAUGUCUGCUACCGAUAUACUGAUAGAAGUAAGCGGU